UUUCGAUCGUUGUUGUAUGUUCAUCUCAACGACACACACUCGUUCCGCUAAAUUCUGUCCGUGGGAGAAAAGGGACGGGAAAGACACAGAAAAACGUCUUAGAGCGAAUGAAAAUCUCGAAUUUCAUCCCCGAAUUCGGGAUGUUGUUUCGGCAGUCUUCAAUUACCGACUUCAACUCCCACACCGUUUCAUCCCGAGCCUCGAUGCCGAUGCACCCCGCUGUCAGGGGAGUCUUGCUUCCGUGUCCCGUUUUUUGAAGUCCCAAGUUUCCUACCCAUGGAGCCAUUCCCCGGAUCAAAAGCUGUGUCUCGUCCCCCUGGCGCCAAUUGCGGUUGUCACCGGAGAAAUACUGUCCGCCUAUGUAUGAUAUUUGCGCAGAGGUCUUUUUUUCCCGUCAUUCGAGCCGAGAUGGCGUUUUUUUGAGGCCCGUGACAGUUUGACGAGAGUCACAUAUAAGAAAGGGAUGGCCGGGCUCAGACGAGAAAGAAUUAAUACUACAAUCUAAGGAUUCAUCAGUGGUUUAAGCCCUCCACGAGUUCUUCUUGUUUGUUCCCAGCCGCUCUUUACUUUGCCAAGGCCCGUAAAUCACUCGUGUCACAACGAUCAUCUCGCGAAAAUGCGUUUCUCCAGCAUCUUCACCGUCCUGGCGACAGCAGCCAUGGCUUCUGCCGCGCAGUUACAACAGGUCACCAACUGGGGAGACAACCCUACCAACAUCCAGAUGUUCAUCUAUGUGCCGGACCGCGUAGCCGCCAAUCCAGCCGUUAUCGUUGCUCUUCACCCCUGCGGAGGCAACGCACGCCAAUGGUUCAGCGGCACGCGCCUGCCGUCGUACGCUGACCAGAACGGCUUCAUCCUGAUCUACGCCGGCACUCCCAACCAGUCCAACUGCUGGGACGUGCAGAACCCAGCCUCGCUCACGCACGGCCAGGGCGGAGACGCCAAGGGCAUCGUGGCCAUGGUCAACUACACGCUCAACCGGUACAACGGCAACAAGGACAAGGUGUACGUCAUGGGCUCGUCCUCGGGCGCCAUGAUGACCAACGUGAUGGCGGGGUCCUACCCGGACGUGUUCGAGGCCGGAGCUGCCUACAGCGGCACGGCGCACGCCUGCUUCGCCGGAGCGGCGGGCGCGACGCCCUUCUCGCCCAACCAGACGUGUGCCCAGGGCCUGACGCACACGCCGCAGCAGUGGGGCGACUUUGUGCGCAACUCGUACCCGGGCUACACGGGCCGGCGGCCGCGCAUGCAGAUCUGGCACGGCAACGCCGACUUUUUGGUCCGGCCGGCCUGCGCCCAUGAGGCGCUCAAGCAGUGGAGCAACGUGCUCGACGUCACCGUCUCCCGCAACGUCACGGGCGUGCCCUCGGCUCAGUACACUCAGGUCAUCUACGGGGAUGGCAGCAAGCUUCAGGGUUUCUUUGGCAACGGAGUCGGGCACACGGCGCCGGUCAACGAGGACCUGAUGCUGAGGUUCUUUGGUCUCAUUGCGUAAAAGUUGUGCAAGAGGGUUAGCUGUACAUAAGGGGGGGACAUGAGGGUGGAAACAUGUCUUUGUUUAGUAUUUGCAAGAAGGGGAAAAUGAAAGGAUGCGAUUCGCAAGCAAAAGUCUUUUCU